AUGGGGACCGGAAUUGUCUCGGUGCUCUUUCAUUCGAUUCCGUUCUCAUCGCCGGUCCUCUACUACUUCUCCAUUGUGUUUUUUGUGUUGAACGUUGCCAUCUUCGCAAUGGCGUUCAUCACCUCUAUCGUGCGAUACACCAUAUAUCCCGAGAUCUGGCGAGUGAUGAUUCAAGACCCAGCGAACUCGCUAUUCCUAGCAACUGUUCCCAUGGGUUUUGCUACACUAAUUGAGAUGUGGGUGUUCAUCUGUGUUCCCCGCUGGGGAGAGUGGGCCUCGUCCUUUGCAUGGGCCUUAUGGAUGGUGGAUGUCGUCGCAGCAGCUUCUGUGACACUUUCUCUCUCCUUCAUCUUGAUAUCACAACGACACAUAACCUCUUUAGACCGAAUCACGGCGCUUCAACUGCUACCUAUAGCUGCUACAAUUGUCGCAGCUGGUGUAGGCGCCGAGGUCGCCAGCAUUCUACCUAACAAGACUCAUGCGAUGGGAACCCUUCUUGCCUCCUUUGUCUUAUGGGGGAUGGGUACUCCUUUAGCCAUGGCAGUGCUUGUCAUUUACUACCAGCGACUUGCCGUGCAUAAGCUGCCUCCACGUGAGGCCAUUGUGAGCUGCUUCCUGCCAUUAGGACCACUCGGUUUUGGUGGAUUCGGUAUCAUCUACAUUGGAAAAGUCGCUCGAGAACUCUUUCAAGGGUCGGACAUUCUCGAUCCGAUUGCAGGCUCGAUGGCUUAUGUCCUUGGUGUCUUUAUCUCUCUGCUUAUGUGGAGCUUUGGAUUGAUCUGGCUUGUCUUUGCCUUUGCCACUGUUCUAUACAGCUCUCCGUUUCCUUUCAACAUGGGCUGGUGGGGCUUUACAUUCCCACUGGGUGUGUAUGCGGCCAAUACAAUGGAGUUGGGGAAAGAACUUGAUCUCAUGUUUUUCAAGAUAUUUGGAACGAUUCUAAGUGUUGCCGUUCUGCUAUUAUGGGUGUUGGUGGCGUCUCGAACAGCUCUUGGAUCGUGGCGUGGAAAUUUGUUUUAUGCGCCAUGUUUACAAAACCUGGCUCUCAAAGAGGACGAAACAGAGGGCGAGCGCCUUCGAGCAUAG